AUGCCGUUUAUUCACAUUGUCUUGAUGAGAUUCAAGUCUGAUUCCAGCCCUGCCGAAAUUGAGAAAGCUCUGAAACGUAGUUGGGAUUUACAACAUGAAUGCGUGCAUCCGAGUACUCAAAAGCCGUACAUCAUCUCUAUUGUAAGCGGGAAGAACUCGAGUAUCGUGCCGAACAAGUACGGCUUCACGCAUUCAACCAAGAUUGAGUUUGAAAACGCCGAAGAUUGUGCAUACUUCAUUAAGGAGGAUCCUGCACACAAAGUGUUAUUCCCCAUGUUCCACUCGCUUACGGAGGAGAUACUUGUCAUGGAUUACACUCCUGGUUGCCUGGACGUCUAA